AUGAACUCGGAUCAAGAAGAUCCUCCAAUUCAACGUACUGAUGUCAGAUUAGCAUGGACCAGGGGUAGCCGAUUACAGGACAGAAUCCUUGAACGUAUGGCAGCUAAUCAGUUGAGAUUUCAGAUGGCACCAGACCCUGAUGUACCGAAUGAGUCCAGAAGGCGGGAAUUUCGCAAGCGCAGAAAAACAUUAACAGAAUUGCAUCUGACCAACAUCUCUCGACCUCUCACUUCCUAUGCAGUCAAGUAUGUAAGAAAUAGAGAAUACGGAAUUUCACAGCUUGAAAAAUCAUUGGAGGCACACAGAGAGUUCUGUAAUGUCAAACUGCCAGAUUUUGUCUCUCAACAUCUUCCAGCUGUUCUGCAGGAGAAGGAAUUUGACUUUGGAACAAGGAAUAAAAUUUUCGCCUCCAAAUGGUUGAAUGAUUCCCAAGUGGUUUUAGGUACAAAGUGUAAUAAGCUGAUGGUUAUGGAUGUUCGAAACAACAACCUGGUAGAGAUCCAGUCCUUGAAGAGCAGUAAUGACAGUCAGCCAGCAGAAUGUCCCUGCGGGAUACACAGCCUUGCUAUUAAUCCUUCCAGAACCAUGCUUGCUACAGGUGGAAAAAAUACAAAUGAUUUAGCAGUCUAUGAACUACCAACCUUUGACCCUUUGUGUGUUGGAGAACAAGCCCACAAGGACUGGAUUUUCGAUAUGGAAUGGAUUGAUGAUGAGCAUAUAGUAACAGGAUCUAGGGAUAGUUCGAUUGCCUUGUGGCGUGUAGACUGCCAGGGACUGUCUACUAAAGUUCAAGGGAAACCACACCCUUUGGGCCACAGAUUAAUAAAGCCUUGCAUAACCAAACAGUGCAAAGAAGCAUAUAGAGUUCGUGCUCUUGCCCUUGGCCGAAACAAAGAGCUGAUGGGAGUCUUGUCUAUGAAUGCCAUGUUUCAUUUCUUCGAUAUUCACACAUUUAAGCAACUGGACAGUGAAGAAUUGCACUGGAAACGAGAAAAUGUCUGUGUUGCAAGCUCAGAUGACAUUGGCCUGUUUGCUGUUGGAUCACAAGCAUAUGUCACAUUGAUUGAUCAUCGAUCUGAUUCAAAAAGCAGGAAGAGAUGGAUACAAGUGCCUUCUAGAAAUGGAGAAAGAGGAGUUAGAUCAGUUGGCUUCAACCAAAACAUGAUCACAAUAGGAACUGGUGAUGGGCGGAUGCUGUUCUAUGACACAAGGAACUCACAGUUUCUGGAGACCCAAGAAGGCAACAGCUGUGAACUGAAGGUUGGAGAUGGAUGGCUACGAGAUGAUGCCAACUACAGGGAACAUUUUGUGCACGGUUAUUAUCCAAACGCUGUUUACACUCACUGCUAUGAUGAAUGGAAGGCAAGACUCUUCGUCGCCGGUGGCCCCUUGCCAACUGGGCUAUAUGGCAACUAUGCUGGACUAUUUUACUAA